AUGAAGAUCUCUAUGUGUUUGACUAUUUUCGUCGCGUCGGCCGUACUAGUGGCCCACGACUGUCGGGCCGCACCCGCUCCGCCUCCGUUCACCGACGAGAAGGCAGACCGCGAGAGUCUUGACGUCAACGAAGUGGGACCGGCCGAGGAGGACUGGAAGCUGUACACCCGGUUGACCAAGACCAUGUCGCACGAUCCGUCGGACGCUGACAAGACUCGCGAGCUGCUGAAGGAGAUCGAAGAGUACUCUCGGCUGGUCACGCCCGCCGAAGCGCUGACCACGACCGACGUCCCCGCCGACGCCACUACGGACCUGCCGGACUCGGCGGACUCGGCGGACGUCACCGAAACGGAUCAAGCGUCGUCCGACUGGUUCGCCUCGACGUGGAGGAACAUGAACCGGAACGACGACGACGACGAUGGGCCUCGAAUGGGCAGGCAAGACGACGGCAACGUGGAAGACAUCAUCAGAAAGAUUUCCAACGACUUGAAGAAACUGUACGUCAAGAUCAAGCAAGUGAUUACGGUGGUGAAAAACUGGGUCAACCACGCUAAGGGUUCAACAAGUGAAUUUGAUGGAUACCCAAUGUCUGCAAGUGCUUCUGAAUCGGAUGGAGUUUUUGUAAUUCCCGAUCCUCUAAUUGGGGAUAUAGAUAAGUCUAAUAAAUACAUAUUGCCCAUAAAUGAGGAUUAA